AUGGGCACAUUCACCACCGAUGUGCUUCAGCUCGUGCGCAGAGCUGAUGCCCCUGCGCAGGCUGGUAUAUUUUCCGGAGACAACCCCGCCCACUACAACAUCCAGGACCCUAUUCGUAUCUGGGUCAUCCAAGUCGUGGUAAUUAUUGGGAUGACCCAGCUCCUCGCGCUCGUGUUUGGGCGCAUUCGACAGCCGCGCGUUAUCGCAGAGGUCAUCGGCGGCGUACUCCUGGGGCCCUCGGUCAUGGGUCGAAUCCCGAACUUCUCAGCAACCAUCUUCCCCGAUGCUUCCAUGGUGGGCCUGAACCUAACCGCGAACGUGGGACUCGUCCUCUUCCUCUUCAUCGUGGGGAUGGAGGUGGACAUGAGUGUUGUGCGACGCAAUGCGAAGGCCUCCACCGCCAUUUCUAUCGCGGGUCUCGUUCUGCCCCUCGGUCUCGGCGCUGCGCUCGCGGUGCCGGUAUACCACGAGUUCACGGACGGGACCGCCAACUUCGGCUACUUCGUGCUUUUCAUCGCGGUCGCCGUUGGGAUUACGGCGUUUCCUGUGCUGUGCCGCAUUCUCACGGAACUUCAGUUGCUUGACACAACUGUCGGCGUGGUGGUUCUAUCCGCCGGGGUCGGAAACGAUGUUGUUGGAUGGAUCCUGCUCGCCCUGUCUGUUGCGCUGAUCAAUGCCUCGAGCGGUCUUACGGCGCUUUGGGUGCUCCUGACUGGCGUCGGCUUCGUGCUAUUUAUGUGCAUGCCUGUCCGGUGGGCGUACCGCUGGCUCGCGCGCAAGUCUGGCAGCUUGGAGGCCGGCAGCCCCUCCGCGAUGAUGAUGACCGUCACCAUUCUCAUGGUCCUGGUCUCCGGCUUUUUCACGGACAUCAUUGGGAUCCACGCUAUCUUCGGCGGCUUCUUGGCGGGGUUGGUCAUCCCACACGAAAACGGCUUUGCUAUUGCGCUCGUAGAGAAGUUGGAGGAUCUCGUCGUCAUUCUGCUGCUGCCCAUAUACUUCGCGCUGUCAGGCUUGCGCACCAACUUGGGUUUGCUGAACAACGGCGUCACGUGGGGUUACGUGGUACUCAUCUGUGUCGUCGCGUUCUUCUCCAAGUUCUUAGGCUGUUCGAUCGCUGCCAAACUAUCCGGAUUCAACCUACGGGAGUCCGGCGCAAUUGGUACUUUGAUGAGUUGCAAGGGUCUUGUUGAGCUCAUCGUGCUCAAUGUUGGCUUCCAGGCGAAAAUCCUCGACACGCGCACAUUCUCCAUGUUUGUGCUGCAUGCACUCAUACUCACGUUUAUGACGACUCCGCUCACGCUCCUGUUCUACCCCGCGAAAUACCGCGCGCGGGCAGGCGCACCCACUAGCACAGAGGCGGGUAGCGUCUUCCCGGUCAAGGGCGAUCUCCAUGACGCACUCAAAUCGCGUUUCUCAGUCAUCGUCGACAGAGUCGAGCAGCUUCCUGCGGUCAUGACUCUCAUGCAGUUGCUUCGCUCGCCAUCUCCCCAGAGCCCUGCGGCCCCCGUUGUGGACGAGAAAGCAUCGCUCGAGCACUCCGUCUCUCCCCCAUCGCUGGCCCACGACAGCCAAACCACGGCCCUGGUCGCGAACCGCCGGAUCUCGCUCGACGCGCUGCGCCUGAUCGAACUCACUAACCGUGCGUCCGCGGUGCUGAGAUCGCAAGAGGCAGAAACUCUCGUUCACAGUGACACAAUUCUUGCUGUGCUCAAGACGUUCGGGUACCUGAACGGCAUGGACGUCUCUACCGCACUCGCCGUCAUCGGCGCGGACGACUUCCCGGUGCAUGUCGCGCAGCACGUGCGCGAGGCCGCGAGCCAAAUGGUCAUCCUCCCGUGGGUAAGUCCCGCACCGCAAGUGGACGACGGGACCGCGUCAACCACCGGACACGGAGAACAUGCGGGCACGGACGGGCCGUCUGGAUCGAGCGAUUCUCCCGUAUCCCCGUCCUCCUCCACCCCCUUCGACGCGCUCUUCCAGCAGAAGCGUGACCGCAGCGCAAUCGGUGGCCAGGCGCACUACAUCCGCCGUGUCUUCGCGGACGCACCCGCGGACGUGGCCCUGUUCUGGGACCGCGGGCUCCCCCAAGCGUUUGAAAGCGACGCGCAGUAUCACCUGUUCCUGCCCUUCUUCGGCGGUCCGGACGAUCGUCUCGCGCUCUCAUUCGUCGCGCAACUGUGCCUGAACCCCGCGGUAAGCGCCACGGUGACCAGAAUGCGGCGGGUCGGGGACGACGCGCUCUCGCCUAUGAACUCAAUCGACCAGGCGAAGGCGCAGCAUCUACUACACUCCGAGACAAUACACACCGCAUUCCCAGACACCGUAUACGGCGCGCAGAACACGCAGACGCGCAUGGCCUCGGAGACAGCCGACAACCUGGCCUGGGCGCGGUACACAUCCUCCGCUGCCGGCGUGCCCGAGCUCGCCCCAGCCCUCUCGCGCAUCCACUUCGCAGAAGAGGCCUCGAACACGCCGCUGCACGCCAUGCUGGACCUCGUUGCGCGCUCGCUGGGCAGCCGCGGGCGCCUCGUGGUCGUCGCGGGGCGCUCGCGGCGGAUGGCCACGGAGUCGCACUUCGAGGAGCUGCGGCAGCUGUGUGUGGAGCACAAUGCGUCGCUGGGCUCGGAGCUGCCGAAGAUCCUCGGGGAGGUUGCGUCCGCGUUCGUCGUGACGGGGGCGAACGCGAGCAUUGCGGUUGUGCAGGCGGCCCGCUAGAAGGUGUAUUCUUCUUAACGACUUGUAAUGACGGCCCGCUCUGAAGAGCGCUAGUCCCUUUCUGUAUAAUAUGUCCCGGAAAUUAUUGAUUGUUG